CAAGAAGUUGAGAGUAAUUUCUGUUGGAAUACACCAGUUCUGCGGACAGCAACGAAGAGUAAAGAAAAGGAAAGAAGAUAAAAACUAAAAGUAAAUAAAUAAAAAAUGUACCUUACUUAAGCAUAGAGUAAUUCUAUAUUAUGCAUCUAUAAAGAUUGAUUGCCCUUCUUGAUGAUCAUAGCAUACUUACAAGUGUUAUCCCAGUGAGAGAAGAUGACAAAAUUAAAAUCAAGUAAGAUGAUUUUAAUUUACUUUGCAUGAUUUGGUGUGUUUAUAGUGUUUUUUUUCUCAAUUUUCCUUUUCAUCUUGAGCCCUAUUAUUGAAUUUCUAGUUCAUUUAACAUUCUCGAUAUUGUGAUUUGAAUAAAACUCAUGAAGUAAUCAAGAAUAUAUUACCUUUUGCGGUCCAUUUACAAUGCCGGGCACUUCAACUUUCUCGAACAAUUUGAAAGCAGUGCUUGUCACCCAACUUACAUCACUAUUUCAUUUAGUCAUCAAUUCUUUUUUAAGUUUAUCACUGAACUUUCAUUUUGAUUGGCGAACAGAUAGAAGGAAAAAUCUAGCGGGUCUGGGAAUUGUGUCGGAGAAGCUAACUGAGGAUAACUUUAUAAGAAGUUGAGAAUAAUUUCUUUUGGAAUACACUAGUUCUGUGGACAACAAUGUGAAGCACAUUGUUGGCCUUUCGAGAAGCUGAGAAUAAUUUCUUUUGGAAUACAACAGUUCUGUGGACAGCAAAGAAGAAUAAUACACCAGUUCACUGGACAACAUUGAGUGAAGAACAUUGUUGGCCCUCCAAAAAGUUAAGAAUAAUUUCUUUGGAAAACAACAGUUCCGUGGACAGAAAAGAAGAAUAAUACACCAGUUCUGUUGACAACAACGUGAAGCACAUUGUUGGCCCUCCAAGAAGUUAAGAAUAAUUUUUUGGAAUAUACCAAUUUUUUGGAUAGUAAAGAAGAAUAAUACAUCAGCUCUGUGGACAACAAUGUGAAGCACAUUGUGGGCCUCCCAAGAAGUUGAGAGUAAUUUCUUUUGGAAUACACCUGGAUAGCAAAGAAGAAUAAAGAAAAGGAGAAAAGACAAAAAGUAUAAGUAAAUAAAUAAAAAAUGUACCUUACUUAAGCAUAGAGUGAAUUACGUCUAUAAAGACUGAUUGCCCUUCUUGAUGAUCAUAUCAUACCUACAAGUGUUAUCCUAGUGAGAGAAGAUGACAAAAUUAAAGUCAAAUAGAAGGCAUAAUCUAGCAGGUUUGGGAAUUGUGUCAGAGAAGCUAACUGAGGAUAACUUUAUAAGUUGGAAAAAUUGCUUGACAAAUUAUUUGGUUGGGAAUGGGCUUUGGGGUGUUGUCUCUGCUCAGGAGAUUGAACCAGAUAAGACAAAUAAACAAGAGCAUGAAAAAUGGAAGAAACAGAAUGCUUUGGCUUUGCAUGCAAUUCAACUUUCAUGUGGACAAGCAAUAUAUUCGAAGUUUAAAAAUGUCGACAUUAAUGCUAACUACGUAUGGACUCAGUUAGCAGAACAAGGAGAUCAUGACAAAGAAAGUCGAGUCGAAGAUAAUGGGUUGAGCGAGUACCUUGAAUACGGGCCCUUAUACGAGGCAAUUGAAAAAGGUAAUUGGCAUGAUAUAGAAGGUUUCUUUCAAGAAAAGAAACUGCCAUUUACUGAAAGUGUUUCAUCACACAAAGAGACAGCUCUACACAUGGCAACUUUAUCUGGACAGACUGAAAUUGCGAAAAAACUUGUAAAAUUGAUGGGCCCAAAAGAGUUAGAACAGAAAAAUGAACAUGGAGCUACAACCUUAUCUUUUGCUGCAAUCUGUGGUGCGACAGAACUGGCUAAGGAAAUGGUAAGCAAGAACGAAGAAUUAGUUACAAUAGAAACUGCAGGACAAGAAUAUGGGCAACUUCCUGUGAUGGUGGUUGCAUUGUAUAGACAGAAGGGCAUGGUUCAUUAUUUAUACAAUAAGACGCCAAAAGAUGUGCUGAGUCCUGAAAAGGGUGCAAAUGGAGUCACACUACUUAAUUACCUUAUUAGUGCUGAUAUUUAUGAUGUUGCUUUGUUGCUAUUGGAAAAGUAUCCACAGUUGGGUGUUAUCCCAGAUGUUAAUGAUAAUUAUGCUCUCAAAUUAUUGGCUCAAAGGCCUUCUGCAUUUCCUAGUGGGACUGAACUUUCAUUUUGGGAAAAAUUGAUCUAUUACUGUGUAAGAGUACAUGAAGAGCUUGUAGAAAUGCAAACAUCAAGUACUAGUCAUGAUUACAACAUUCAAAUUCCUGAAUCAAACGACGAAGAUUUGGCAGGAAUGAUGGCACAUGGUGGCCUAACUAUAACUACUCAAGCUCUAGAGUUGGUACGCAAACUGGGUUGGGUGAUAUUGCGGUCCAUUGUUCCAGGGAUCCGUUACAUAUACCGAAGGAAGUCAGUCCAUGUCCAAGUUAGGAAAUUCCUGAGGAUUGUGUUUAAAAAAAUGUUACAAUUGAGCAAACCAGAGCUCGAAAAAAUGGACUUGGAUAAAAUAAUAAAUGAUGCCAUAAAGAAUGGAAUUUUUGAAUUGAUAGAUGAAAUGAUUAAAUGUGCACCAGAAAUUAUAUGGAGAAAAGAUAAAAAAGGGAGAACAAUUUUUUCGAACGCAAUUAUAUCGCGUCAAGAGAAGAUUUUUGGCCUCAUAUUUACUUUAGGAAAAGAGAAGUGUUUAAUGGGAAUGAGGUAUGAUAUUUUUGGCAACAAUUAUUUACAUCUUGCUGCAAAAUUGUCUCCUCCUUCUCGACUUGAUAUUGUAACUGGAGCAGCACUACAAAUGCAAAGGGAACUGCAAUGGUUUAAGGAAGUUGGGAGCAUGGUACAACCCAAACUCAAAGAGGAACUAAACAGCCACAACAAAACACCGAAAGUUUUAUUCACUGAAGAGCACGAGAGGUUAGCCAAAAAAGCCGAGGACUGGAUGAAAAAUACAGCAGGGUCAAGCAUGAUAGUGGCAACUCUAAUUGCUGCUGUAAUGUUCACAACAGCUUUCACAGUACCAGGUGGUAAUAAAAAUGACACGGGAAUGCCAACAAUGCUGGAAACUCAAAGGAUUCCCUUCUUGAUUUUCAUGAUUUCGAAUGCCCUGUCGAUGUUCAGUUCAAGUACAUCACUGUUGAUUUUCUUGGGAAUUCUUACAGCGCGUUAUGCAGAAGAUGAUUUUCUCAAGUCCUUACCGACAAAAUUAAUAUCAGGACUGACGAGUUUGUUCCUUUCGAUUGUUACCAUGAUGGCAUCCUUUGGUUCUGCAUUGUAUUUGAUUCUUCAUGAGAAUUUGUCUUGGGUCACCGUUCCUAUCAUCGUCCUUACAACGAUUCCAAUAGUUCUUUUCUCUAUCUUGCAGUUUCCUCUCUUGAUUGAGAUGACCCAACGUACUUAUGGAGCCGGGAUAUUUGAUGAAUAUACGAAGAAAUCCCGUUUUGCCAAGUUCAGAGCAUGUUUGAUAAGGAGGAAUCCAUUGAGGAAGAAAAGACAUUAAAAAUUUUAUAGGUCUUACUAUAGAGUACUUUGAAUAAGGUGUCUCAAAUGUGUUGUUAGCUCAUUUUGGUUUCUGUCAUUUUAAGUAAUGAUGUAUCCAUGGUGUUUUUUCUUAUGAAUAAUUCAUGUAUCGGAUCUAAUUGAGUGUCUCGUAGAACUUCGUUGUUUGAAGAGUCAUCUUGAAUUCUUAGUAUGUACAAAUAGAAGCACAUGUAGCAAUAUUUUGUAAUGCAAAUA